AUGGCUACAGCCAGCCUCGGAGACGAUGUCUUCCGAGAAGACACAACGACCAGUUCGUUCGAAGCUCAUAUCGCGACUCUAUGUGGCCAUGAAUCAGGUGCAUUCGUCAUCACUGGGACUAUGGCAAAUCAAUUAGCUAUCCGGACAUUGUUGACCCAGCCUCCCUACGCUGUUCUGGCCGAUUCACGCGCACAUAUUAUUCACUUCGAAGGCGGCAGUGUCGGAAUGAGCGGUGCUUCUGUCCAGGAGGUCCGGCCCACAAAUGGAAGAUAUAUGACACUGGAGGAUAUAAUGGCACGCGCAAUUCUCACAGACGAUGUUCACAAGUGCCCGACCCGGGUUAUUAGCAUUGAAAACACCACUGGGGGCAGCAUCGUCCCUCUGGCGGAGAUGCGGCGGAUCAGCCAAUGGGCUCAUGACCACAACAUUAAGUUGCACCUUGACGGUGCUCGACUCUGGGAAGCCGUAGCAGCCAGAGCUGGGAGCCUUCACGACUAUUGCAGUCUUUGCGAUUUAGUGAGUUUGGAUUUCAGUAAGAACUUAGGGGCGCCUGUGGGCGCCAUGGUCCUGGGCUCAUCACGGUUGAUUGCGCAGCUGCGCCGAAUCAGGAAGAGUAUCGGAGGAGGAAUGAGACAGUCGGGGCCACUGGCAGCUGCAGCGCGGUUUGGGAUCGAGGAGCAGUUCGGGCUUGGUGUUUGGGGAAGUCGAGAUAAAUUACGCUCCGUGCAUGAGGUUGCAAAUCGCGUGGGAAAUGUAUGGGUGGAACGCGGCGGGAAACUUCUACGCGAGGUGGAAACAAACCAAAUAUGGGUCGACCUGGAUCACACCGGUGUCAAAGCUGACCGGUGGAAUCGGAUCGGGAGAAAGCAUGGGAUUAUAUUGGACGGGAAAAGAAUCGUCUUUCACCAUCAGAUUAGCUCGGAUGCUAUCGCGCGACUUGAUAGUGUGUUCAGUGAAGUGCUGGGGGCCAGAGCUCGUCUCUAG